AUGGAGACGUCUGUCCCAGCCCCUGCAGUGGAGAAGAAAGAAGCCAAGAGUGGACUCUUGGAGGACAGCAGCUUUCCGGAUCCAGGGAAAAAGGCCUGUCCCCUGGCAGUGGCCGCAGCGGCGGCAGCUGUAGCCGCCCAAGGAGUUCCUCAGCAGCUCCUGCCGCCUUUCCACGCACCUUUGCCGAUUGACAUGAGACACCAGGAAGGACGGUACCAUUACGAUCCUCACUCGGUCCACGGUGUUCAUGGGCCUCCCACCCUUAGUGGCAGCCCUGUCAUCUCAGACAUCUCCUUGAUUCGACUUUCUCCACACCCUGCCGGCCCCGGGGAAUCUCCCUUUAGUGCGCACCACCCCUACGUGAACCCCCAUAUGGAGCACUACCUCCGGUCUGUACACAGCAGCCCCACACUCUCAAUGAUCUCUGCAGCCAGGGGCCUCAGCCCUGCUGAUGUGGCGCAUGAGCAUCUGAAGGAGAGAGGACUGUUUGGUCUUGCUGCUCCGGGCACCAACCCUUCAGACUAUUACCACCAGAUGACCCUCAUGGCAAGCCACCCUGCACCUUACGGGGACCUCCUAAUGCAGAGUGGGGGUGCUGCUAGUGCACCCCAUCUCCACGACUACCUCAAUCCUGUGGAUGCCUCGCGAUUCUCUAGCCCACGUGUGACCCCCCGCCUCAGCCGCAAGCGGGCGCUCUCCAUCUCCCCACUCUCAGAUGCCAGCCUGGACCUGCAGCGCAUGAUCCGGACCUCUCCCAACUCGCUGGUCGCUUACAUCAACAACUCCAGGAGCAGCUCAGCAGCCAGCGGCUCCUAUGGACAUCUGUCUGCCGGGGCCCUCAGCCCAGCCUUCACCUUCCCCCACCCCAUCAACCCUGUGGCCUACCAGCAGAUCCUGAGCCAGCAGCGGGGCCUGGGCUCAGCCUUUGGACAUACGCCACCCCUGAUUCAGCCUUCACCCACCUUCCUGACCCAGCAGUCCAUGGCGCUCACCUCCAUCAACACCAUGCCUACCCAGCUCAGCAGCAAUAGCAGCAAUUGUCUGAAUGAUGCCAGCCAGAGCAAGCAGAGCAGCGAGUCGGCUGUGAGUAGCACCGUGAAUCCCAUCACCGUUCAUAAGCGCAGCAAAGUCAAGACUGAGGCAGAAGGCCUGCGGCCAGCCUCCCCACUAGGACUGACACAGGACUGGAUACCCAGGCAUGGCUCAUGUGGAUGUGGUCUUCUCUUCUCCCAGGAGCAGCUGGCCGAUCUCAAGGAAGACCUGGACAGGGAUGACUGCAAACAGGAGGCCGAGGUGGUCAUCUACGAGACCAACUGCCACUGGGCAGACUGCACCAAGGAGUAUGACACCCAGGAGCAGCUGGUGCAUCAUAUCAACAACGAGCACAUUCAUGGGGAAAAGAAGGAGUUCGUGUGCCGCUGGCAGGCCUGCACGAGAGAGCAGAAGCCCUUCAAGGCCCAGUACAUGCUGGUUGUCCACAUGCGCAGGCACACGGGUGAGAAGCCGCACAAGUGCACGUUUGAAGGCUGCUCCAAGGCUUACUCUCGCCUGGAGAACCUGAAGACACACCUGCGGUCGCACACGGGGGAGAAGCCAUAUGUGUGUGAGCAUGAGGGCUGCAACAAGGCCUUCUCCAACGCCUCGGACCGUGCCAAACACCAGAACCGCACUCACUCCAAUGAGAAACCCUACAUCUGCAAGAUCCCGGGAUGCACCAAGAGGUACACAGACCCCAGCUCUCUGCGCAAGCAUGUGAAGACAGUCCAUGGACCAGAUGCUCAUGUCACUAAGAAGCAGCGCAAUGAUGUGCACCUCCGUGCGCCACUGCUCAAGGAGAAUGGGGACAAUGAGGCCAGUGCCGAGCCUGGUGGCCGGGGAUCUGAGGACAGUGUGGAGGCCAGUAGCACCAGCCACACUGUGGAGGACUGCCUGCAUAUCAAAGCCAUCAAGACAGAGAGCUCCGGGCUGUGUCAGUCCAGCCCCGGGGCCCAGUCAUCCUGCAGCAGCGAGCCCUCUCCUCUGGGCAGUGCCCCCAACAAUGACAGUGGCGUGGAGAUGCCGGGGACGGGGCCAGGGAGUCUGGGAGACCUGACAGCACUGGAUGACCCGUCUCCAGGAGCUGACACCUCAACCUUGGCCGCCCCCUCCACUGGUGGCCUGCAGCUGCGCAAACACAUGACCACCAUGCAUCGCUUUGAGCAGCUGAAGAGAGAGAAACUCAAGUCACUCAAAGAUUCCUGCUCGUGGGCCGGCCCAGCUCCACAUACCCGCAACACCAAGCUGCCUCCCCUCCCAGCAAAUGGUUCUGUCCUGGAAAGCUUCAACAGCACUGGGGGCGGUGGGCCGGCGGGACUGCUGCCCAACCAGCGGCUGCCAGAGCUGACCGAGGUGACGAUGCUGAGCCAGCUGCAGGAACGAAGGGACAGCUCCACCAGCACCGUGAGCUCGGCCUACACUGUGAGCCGCCGCUCCUCCGGCAUCUCCCCGUACUUCUCCAGCCGUCGCUCCAGUGAGGCCUCACCUCUCGGUGCCGGCCGCCCACACAACGCCAGCUCAGCAGACUCCUAUGACCCCAUCUCUACAGAUGCCUCCCGGCGCUCCAGUGAGGCCAGCCAGUGCAGCGGUGGGGGCCCAGGGUUGCUCAACCUUACGCCUGCGCAGCAGUACAGUUUGCGGGCCAAGUACGCAGCGGCCACUGGUGGGCCACCACCCACACCGCUGCCCGGCCUCGAGCGUGUAAGCCUCCGCACCCGCCUGGCGUUACUGGAUGCCCCCGAGCGUGCGCUGCCUGGCGCUUGCCCACAUCCACUGGGGCCCCGGCGUGGCAGCGACGGGCCUGCCUACAGCCACGGCCAAGGCCAUGGUCAUAGCUAUGUGGGCGCGGCUCCCGCCUUCCCCCACGAGGCGCAGGGCAGCGGCAUGCGCCGGGCCAGUGAUCCCGUGCGGCGACCAGACCCGCUGGUUCUGCCUCGGGUGCAGCGCUUCCACAGUACCCAUAACAUGAAUCCAGGUUCACUACCGCCCUGCACUGAUCGACGAGGCCCGCAUCUACAGAGCCACCCUGGCGUGGAUAGCAGCCUGACUCGCAGCACCUACUCCCCGAGACCCCCUAGUAUCAGUGAGAACGUGCUGAUGGAGGCCAUGGCUGCCGGAGUAGAUGGCACAGGACUUGAAUCCGACCUGGGGCUGGUGGAAGAUGAGCUGGUGCUGCCAGACGAUGUGGUCCAGUACAUCAAGGCCCACACCAGUGCUUCCUUGGAUGACAGCACACGACAGGGAUAUCCCGCAGAAAGCACUGGCUUCCCUGAGAACCCUAAACUGCCCAGUCCUGGCCUACAAGGCCACCGUAGGCUAGCAGCUGCCGACUCCAACGUGGGUCCUUCUGCUCCUGGACUGGGGGGCUGCCAGCUGAGCUACAGCCCCUCCUCCAGCAUCAGUAAGAGUAACAUGCCUGUGCAGUGGAAUGAGGUGAGUUCUGGCACCAUGGAUGCCCUGCCCAGUCAGGUGAAGCCGCCUCCCUUCCCUCAUGGCAAUCUGGCUGUGGUUCAGCAGAAGCCAGCCUUCGGCCAGUACUCAGGAUAUAGUCCACAAGCCCUGCAGACCAGCCCAGGAGGUCUAGACAGCACUCAGCCACACCUACAGCUUCGUGGAGGCCCCUCUGCAGCCAGAGGGAGCUACACGCAACAGCCUCGACAGCCGGCCACAGGCAGCCAGUGCCUGAGUGUGCCUGCCGCCCUGAGCCCUCAGGCCAGCUACAGCCAGACCCACCCCCAGUUGAGCCCCAACAUUAGUGGACAGCUGAACCAGUUCUCACCCUCCUGCAGCAACAUGGCAGCCAAGCCCAGCCACCUGGGACUUCCUCCACAAAUGGAAGUUGUCUCCAAUGCCACCAUGAUAAGUGGCCAUCAGCGGGAGCUUGGGAUGGCCAAUUCAUCCCUGCCUGGGGUGUCACAGCCUCACGCGGUCCUGAGCUAUCCCCAGCAGGAAGGCUACCAGCAGAGUUCCAACCUUCUGUCCUCCCAUCAGCCUAACUUCAUGGAGUCCCCACAGAGCACCGGCUUUGGUCUCUUGCAACCUCGGCCACCCCCUGAGCCCAACACUGCCAGCCGUCACCGUGCAGUACGUGCCGGGCAACAGCAGUUGUAUGCCAGGACCACUGGCCAACCCAUGGUCACAUCUGCCAACCAAGAGACGGCAGAAGCUAUGUCCAAGGGAACAGCAGGGACCAUGGUAUCCCUGGCUCCUCAGCCAUCUCAGGACACAGGGCGGUCACAGGAUCAGAACACGCUCUACUACUAUGGCCAGAUCCACAUGUAUGAACAGAAUGGGGGCUGCCCAGUCAUGCAGCCCCAGCCACCGCAACCACAAGCUUGCUCAGACAAUAUCCAGCCUCUGCCUUCACCAGGGGUCAACCAGGUGUCCAGCACUGUGGACUCCCAGCUCCUGGAGGCCCCCCAGAUUGACUUUGAUGCCAUCAUGGAUGAUGGUGAUCACUCAAGUUUGUUCUCUGGUGCACUGAGCCCCACCCUUCUCCACAAUCUCUCCCAGAAUUCCUCACGCCUCACCACACCCCGGAAUUCCCUGACACUGCCCUCCAUCCCUGCUGGCAUCAGCAACAUGGCUGUCGGGGACAUGAGCUCCAUGCUCACCAGCCUGGCUGAAGAGAACAAGUUCUUAAAUAUGAUGACCUAA